CCUACCCUAUAGUAUUUGAGGGAAAACGGGUACAAUGGAUCAAAAUUAUCUAGAUCUAGAGCUGUAAAAUAAUAAAAAAAAUAUACUUGACAUUUAGGAGUUGACAGUCUGGUUGACAAUUGUAUGAGCUACUAACAGUAACUAAAUAGUAUUCGGCUUUUGCCUUUUACAGUUUUGCUUGUUGUAAAUUGUAAAUAACAACAAGUAUAGUGCAGCCAGGUGUGAAUUUGUGGUGUGACGUUUCCGAAGGCGUGUGAGAGCAUGAUGUGGGAUUCCGGUGCAUUCCUGGGCGCAUUGACGCCUAAAUUCUAUGUAGCGCUGACGGGCACGUCUUCGCUAAUAUCGGGGUUGAUCUUGAUCUUCGAGUGGUGGUACUUCCGCAAAUAUGGAACAUCAUUCAUCGAGCAGGUGUCGCUGGCGCAUCUGGGUCCAUGGUUGGGUGGCGGUGAGGCGGAGGCGGCGGCAGGCGAGUGUAAGGUGUGGCGCAAUCCGAUGGCACUGCUGCGCGGCGCUGAGUAUGGGCGGCUGUGGAGCGCAGCGCGGCGCGCGCCCCUCACCUACUACGACAUGAACCUGUCGGCGCAGGACCACCAGGCUUGGUUUGGUGGUGCAGGGGAGGGGCCCGCCGAGCGCGAGAUGAACCGCGCCUGGCGCGAGCGGGAACCCGCCGCGCGCGUCGGCGCCGCCCGCGCCGCGCUCGCCCGCGACCCCGACUGCGCCGCCGCGCUGCUGCUGCUCGCCGAGGAGGACGCGCCCACCGUGCAGGAGGCCGAGCGCGUGCUGCGCCGCGCCUGGCGCGCUGCCGAGGCCUCGUGGCGCGCGCACGCCGCCGCCGGCGCCGCGUGUGCCGCCGCCGCGCGCUGCGACGCCGCCGUGCUCGCGCACGUCAAGCGCCGCGCCGCCAUGUGCGCGCGCCGCCUGGGCCGCCUGCGCGACGCGGCGCGCCUGUUCCGCGAGCUCACGCGCGACGCGCCGCCCGCGCUGCACGCGCUCGCGCCGCACGAGAACCUCAUCGAGGUGCUGCUGGAGCAGCGCCUGUACGCGGACGCGGCGGCGGUGGUGGCGCGGUGCGAGGACGCGGGCGCGCCGCCCUCGGCCACGCUGCUGUACACGGCGGCGCUGCUGCGCGCGCGCUCCGCCUGCACCGCGGCCGCGCGCUCCGCCGCCGAACUCGCCGCGCUCGAGACGAUCCGUCGCGCCAUCGAGUUCAACCCGCACGUGCCGGAGUACCUGCUGGAGCUGCGCGCGCUGACGCUGCCGCCGGAGCACGUGCUGCGGCGCGGCGACAGCGAGGCGGUCGCGUACGCGUUCUGCCACCUGCGGCACUGGCGCGCGGCCGAGGGGGCGCUGCGCCUGCUGGCGGCGGCGUGGCAGGCGGCGGAGCGCGCGGGCGCGGCGGGCGGCGGCGGCGCGGCGGGCGCGGGCGGCGCGGGCGGGUGCGCGCUGUGCGCGGACCGCGAGCUGCUGGCGCCGCACCACGCGGCGUCGCUGUGGCCGCGGCGGCGCGCGGCGCUCGUGCCGCUGGCGGCGGCGCUGUGCGCGCUCACGGCGCUGCUGGCGCUCGCGGCGCACCGCUGGCCCGCCACCGCGCAUGCGCUGCUCGACCCCAGGCGACUGCACUCGCUGUUGGCCGCCGUCUGAACCGCACCGACCACACUCCACUGUUUAUUUUACGUAUAAUAAAGAGCAAUUGUGAUCGA